GGGUAUAGAUAAGGCGCCUGUCUGACCCUCCCUUCUUUUAAUAUCUCACUUUCUUUCCAUUUCUCUCUUUACGUCAUCUUCUCACUCUCCCCCUUCGAUAUCUCCACUUAACUCCAUAUUAUUGCAUUGCAUAGCGUGGAGGCCAGAGGAACCCCGCCGCUCGGGCCCGACUGAGGCAUCAGCUGGGCACUCACCGCACAGCUGAUCGACGACCACGCGAGAUUGUUAUGCAGCAGUUGGGACGUACAAGACACGUGGGAAAAGCCUAAUCUAUUCUGUGAUAAAGGCAGCACUGCAAGCAGGAUACAGAGCUUUUGAUACAGCGGCAGUGUACCGGAAUGAAACUGAAAUAGGUGACUCCCUCAAGCAGCUUUUACCUGAAUUUGGCCUGGAAAGAAAGGAUAUUUUUAUUACUUCAAAACUGAAUUCAUUAAAGGGUGAGAAUUUAUGAAAGAAACUGAUAUAUAUUGUAUUUUCAUCUAACGCUGAAGAAAGUAAAAUUAAGCAGUCAUGGAGGAAACAAAAGAGAUCAGAAAUAUCUCUCUUGUUGAGCUUGCAGAAAUGUCACAUAAAUUAGAAUCAGAACUCGUCCCUCGUGGAUUCGAAUUCCAUCCCUUUAAGGUCGGCUGGUACAACAAUCAAGUUGCUGAAUCAUUUCGUUUGCCUUAUCAAGAAGACACAGUGGCGUUUGUGGUGAUUAGUACACCCAGCAUGUUUGAGAAAGCCUUCUUGCCAUUUGUGGUAGAGUUGGACUGUCAGAGGUCCUCACAAGACCCACUUGACCAGUGCAUGGUGCACUGCUUCUCUACAAUCAAGGAGGUAUUAUUCCCUGCAGAAAAGGUCAUCAUUAUGCAUGACUUUGAGCUAUCUCCAAACCGACGCCCUAAGGUCCUUAUGCAAACCGCGGGCCAUGUGUCAGGAGCUGUGCACUAUUAUCAGCGGAAGGACCUCAAGUCUGAUCCAUUUGAUCCCAGCAAGAAGGUGUUUGGUGUGUGUCUCCACCCCCGUUAUGGUGGUUGGUUUGCGCUGCGCAGUGUGGUCAUAUUUCCACAGUUUGUUUGUCCUGAGCUGAAGCCACAACAGCCCAAAGACAUCCUGCAUAGUGACAAAGAGUUGGUUGAACUGCUGAAGCGCUACAAUGACCACUGGCAAGACUGGACUUUUAGAGACAUCAUCACAGUGAAAGAGAGAUACUCGGAACAACAAAAAGAAUACUUUAGCACAAAACCAGGAGAGAGAAAAGCACUCAUUGAGAAGUAUCGUGCAACUCUGAAGGAUAAUGCAUAGAGUGAUAUACUCUAUUAUUUUUGUUGAUUUUGAUUAAUCAGAAUAAGUCUAUGGUAAUAUAAUGAAAACAAGUAUAGCAAAAUGAUUAGCAGAGUGAUCACAGAUAAAUGUUUUUGUGAUUUUCAGUUUAAAAUGGUCUUUUGUUACCAUUUCUCUUUUAUUUUGGUAUUUGUAAUAAUGAUAAUCUGGGUCAUUUAGUCAACAGGGCUUUACACUCCUGUAAUUUCUGUUCUAUGUGCCAUAAUGUACCAGUCAUUUAGAAAAGUUCCAUAUUUUCUUCAUAAUAAUUUUUCUACUGUUCCAUUUUCAACAAACCUUGAUUUUAAUAACUUUUAUUAAUUUUUUUAACCUGAUAUUGAAAGUGGAAUUCCUUAAUAGAAGUUUAAAGAUAUAAAAUCACCUUGCUCUUAAUUUUGUAUGUGACUACAUAUAAGAAUUAUGAAUUGUUUGCAAUACUGUCUUCUUCUGCUGUAUAAAUUGCUCAAACCAAGUAGAGCAGAGGGAAUUAGGUCUUUAGAUUUAGGGGAUGGCUCGGAGAGUCGGGAAAAUGAUUUAGGACAGGUCAACCUCUAGCUGAGGCAGCUUUAGCCCACAUUGUGUAAUAUCUUAGCAGAUUGUUAACUGUUUGCUUAGUGUGUGGUUGUGUAAUGUAGGGUAGCUUAUUCUUGUUCAUAUCUAAAGAUGUGUAGGAGUUGUUGUGCAGAAUAGUGCAAUUCAAGAGUGAUAUCAUAGUAUUUAUAUCUGGCUUUGUAGUCUUUUUCCCUUUUUUUUCUCUUCAUCUUUUUUCUCUCCUCCUCCUCACAAUCCUCCUCUUCUUCUUUGUAAUCCUUGCAAUCCUCCUCCUCCUCCUCCUCCUCUUUCUCCUCCCUCCCUCCUAUUCCUCUUCUUUCCUCUCUCCUUUUCUCUAUUAAUGUUCAAAAGAAAGACAAUAUUAAGAAAACAUUAUAAAGAUGAUAUUUAUAUUGGGUAUAUGAAACAGGUUGAAAGAUAUAUCUAUAUUUAUAAUACAAAUAAUAUUUUUGUAAUUUAUUUGCCUCAUUUGUUACUCUUAAUGUAGAAUUUAUGCAUGAAAUAAGUUCAAGUAAUUGCAUUGUUGUAUUUGAAUGGUAAAAUGCUACUGUACUGAUACUAUGGUAAAAAAUCCCACAAUGCACAAACUAGAUUUAUUGAAAAUGAUACCACAGUUUUGAAAUCCUCGUGCAUUUCACCUUCAGGUCUGUUAUAUGAAUUGUGCAUUCACAGCCAAUAUGAUUGAAUAUUUAAGUCUUUUUGCACGAAUGAUUUUCACUUAUAGUUUUAUUCUAUAACUUAUUAAUAGCUAUUUGUAUGGCCUUUGUAUGUGAGUACCUAGAAUAUGUGUACUGUUGUAAAUUGUAAUCAGAAAUUAGAACUGAAAGAUGAAUUUUUGUUUUGUUCUGUUGCUAUGACAUUUUCUUAUAUAAGAUCAGGAAAAUGGUAACUUUUUUAAUAAAUUCCAGUAUUCUAGGAUAUGUAAAAGCUCAAAGAACUUUUAUGUUUAUUUUAAUUGGGGAUGAAUUGUCAACAGACCAAAGUAAAGGAUAGAUACAAAGCACCUCUUCAUUAUAUAUUCUAUAGCGAUUGUCAGUAUUCUUGGAUCUAUAAAGACUCUUGAAUGUGAUCUCUGUUAUAGUAAUUAUACAGAGGAUUGAUUUUAAGAGGAUAAAAUAAAGGAUAGCUAACAAGCUUCUAGACAACAAUACCUGCUCUCUAUUACACAUGACAUUUGCAGAAGUGGCACAAAAUAGUGAAUGAAAAGUAGUUAUUCAAUUUUGAUUGUGAAGGUUCUACAUGAUUACAGGAAUAAUGAACACUGCACUAAAUUAAGUUCAUUACUAUUGACAACAAUGUUUUAUAAUCAUUGCAGAAGUACUUUACUUCCAUUGAGCCGUUUUGUAAUACCUUCUGUCUCAGGCAUGAUUUGCCAUGAUUUGGUAGACAGCUUAUGAGCUAUGGCAGUUUAUAUUUUCAGGUUCUAAACUAAGUUUGAGUAAUUCAGGAAUGAGUGUACUAGUAUUACUAAUAAAAUCUGAGGAUGGUU